CUGUUAUCUGUCCACUCCCGAAUCCCGAAAUGGCAUUUAGCGAUGUCCGCCAUAUGUAUUUUCAAUUUGUUUUGUUUGUGAAGUAUAAACAUAAUAGGCAAAAUGCCGAAAAAUAUAACUAGUGAAGUACGUGAAAUAAUAUUAAAAGUAAAAGAAUUUAUGGACGAAGAAAAACGAAUGCAAGUUCCUAUUAUUCCUCUCAAUAAAGUGUAUGUAAGAGUAUCGGCCGCGACUGGUGUGUCAGAACGCACAGUAUUAAACAUAGUCAAAGAAGCUAGGCUGGUAGAACAAGGUCUAUUAGAUCCAGAAACUUUAAAAAAGACUCCUAAGAAACGUGUGCGGACAAAAGGCAAAAUAGAGGUUGAUGAAUAUGACCUACAAGUGAUACGUAGAAAGAUUCACGAAUUUUACGCUUUCAAAAAGGAAGUGCCUACAAUAAACAAGCUACUACAGAUAUUGAAAGAAGAAAUAAAUUUUAAAGGGUCCAGGGAAACAUUGAGGAAGAUUCUUCGAAAAAAUGGCUUCCAGUUCAGAAAAACAAAGAACAAUAAAGAGAAAGAACCUAUUCCUGAAGCGACGACGUCAGUUCCACCCAUGGUCCCUCCUUAUAUUCACUCCAUGUUCAGUCACAAGAACAUACAAUCAUAAGAUUGUAAACGCUGAUGUUUACUCUAUACGGGGUAUCUAGUAACAAUGUGAUGAAUAGCACUGCGAAAUGUACAGUAUGUGAAUUACUGUUACAUAUAUAUACUUUUUAAUCAAAUAGCUUGUACAGUCUAUAUUUUAUAAGAUUUCUGAUAAAUUUUUACACAUGUUUCUGAUUCCAUAUAAAACCAUAUCUGAAAUGAAUCUCGCAUUCUUAGUAUAUUGGAACUUUUCACAGUUGUUGGCUAUUAUUUUAAGAAAUAUCUCAUUGAAAAUUUGAAAAUGGUGCAGUUAAUACAUCAGUAAUAUUGUACAGAUCUCUUAGUUAUCACUAGGUUAAGUAUAAGAUAUAUUAUGGUUUAUUCAAUAGCUUUUCAGUAUUGAUGGUACAUUUUAUCCUUUGAUAAUAUUUUUAGGGCUGUAUACAUUUAAGUGGGUUAAAUAGUGUUUUGAAAUGACUUGUAGCGAUUUGUGGCCAGUUAGAUACUUUAGGGGUUGAUUUUUCGAUCCUUGGUUAAAAUUUAUCCAUCCAAUAAAGUAUUACACGUACAUUUUAAAAUGUCACCUGUCAACUGUCAAAUACAGACAAUUUUUGAAAUGGUAGUUUAAUACAUUAUAUUCAAUGAAUAAGUUUUAACCAAGGAUUGAAAAAUCAGACGUAAAAUAAUGAUCAUUAAAAUAACUGCAAAGAUAAAUGUUUGCAUAGAAAUGGGUAACAUUUAAAACAGAAAUGUACCACUCUAUGAUUAAUUGUAUUAUGAAAUGGUAAGAAAAAUAGAACAUAAAUAUAUAUGAUUUACGAGCAUUGUAGAUCAUAUUAUCAAGAAAGUAAUGUGUUGAAAUUGAGCAGAAAUUUUGUAGUUGGGCCUUGAAAAGAAUCUCAAGUUACUGAGCAUUAAAAAGCCUUACGUAAUCAUAAGUUGUAGGGAUCUCUAUUUUUCGGUAGUACAAUAAAAUUAUAAGGCUGUGCCUGUAUUGCCAUAAGAUAAAUAAUUAUACAUACUCUUUCUAGUAGAUUGUGCCCGUUAAAAUUACAUUAAUGACGAUUAAAUUGGCUGUUAUUUACAUAUGUAUGUAUAUCAAUUGAUAUAACGGUUUUUCAUGUAUUUAAUUAAAUUUUGUUUCAUUAAAUAGAUUUCACAUAUAUUAUAUUUCAAAUUACAUCAAUAUGUAACAUGUAUGUUGCAAUUUUUUUUUUCAAGUGAAAAACAUUUUCCUAACAAUGUUGCGUGUAGAAUAAGUGUUCAUAAGCAAUAUGACUUUAAGUUUUGAGAUGAAGAAAAUAAAAGUAUAAUAGUAAAUAAUA